AUGGCCGCAACGGAGGAUACUCACUGUUACUGUCCCCCAAUUCUGUUUAUUCCGGGGUCAAACGAGUGGACUGUCGAAGAAGACGACCAGAUUUAUGGCCCAUUCUACCUGGUCUCCUGGGGCGAUAUUGCAAACAUAUAUACUGGAGAUUCACUGGAAUACGUAGUGGCCUUGAGUCUCAAGGGCGCCAAGGUUGUUUCGUUCAAGAGAAUGCAAGAGGCCGUGCGCGCAAGUUUUGCUUUUUGCGGAGAAAACCACCCACAUAGUACGCACCUGGAAUCGGACUGCCGUAGACACCUUACGGAUGUCAUGGAGAAUUUGCCUAUACUCACUCGCCCCAAUUCCCCUCCUGAAUGGGAGGCUGAUGGCUCGGAGAAUCCCCUACCAACGACCACUAGCACACCCACGUCCGCAGACCUCUUCCCCUCACCCUCCUCACCCGUUGGCUCACCGAGAGGAUUGAACACGCCGAAAUCCGACACUUUCUCGGAGGUGUUGUCGUCUGACACCAACUCGAACGACUUCGACGAUGGAGUGCAGGACACGGGUGUGCUCACCAUUGACGACACAGACUUGGAGGCCAUGACCCACGAGCCCACCCUAGAGCCAGAAAGGGACAAUACCGUGACUGCCGACAGCCUUGCUUCCCCUGGCAACACUGGUAGAAAUGUUGCCGGGGCAUGCCCUAGGCCAGGACAUUAUGGGGCGUUCUAUCUUGUCCGCUUGGAGCAUGACCGCUCCUUCCUCUUCUCUACCCGUGAAGCCGCUGAGCACACACUUGAGCAAAUAAGAGCCGAGGAAGAUGGCGAUUUGAUUGUGACCCAUGGAGUGGUCAACUGCCCCGAUGCGCUGCUGCGCGACCGAACCGUCAAGCGGUUCUACUAUGGCGUUCGAGGGUUAGACAACCAUGGGGUCUUUUGUGAUGCCCGCCUUGCCCAAGCAUUAUUUCAAAGAGAGAUCGUGAGGCACGAACUCACAACUAUUAUGAUUUCAUCAAAUGAAGAGAUGGCCGCACGAUGGGCGUUGGGCCAAUCAGCCAAAAUAGAGCCUUGUUCGUAG